CUGGUGUAGUGCGCGGUCGUGUGUCACUCCUUUCGCUACGCUGGUAACUUAUGUGUCCCCAAAGCACCUCAGGGGACCUUAAUUAUACUCGUUCGACACUUUUACUACAACUUCCGGAGUCUUGGCAGAAAAUAAAUGGCUUGAUUUUUACUGAGUGAAGAGCAGUAUGUGUCUCACACAUGUAGUCAGCUGAGUAAAGAAGCUGGUGGAAAGUUUUCAGUAGUGUGUGUCAUUGACUGAGGCAAGUAUUACUGUGUGUGUGCAGAUGGAAACCGGAUUGAAAAAUUCUGUCGCUGUAAGAGUAAACACGGUUGAUAUGUGUGUGUGGUGAGGCGAGAGUUGACGGACAGAGAUAACUUGAUGCGUGGUGCUGCUCACGGUGGAGGGAGCGUCUCGUGGGCAUUAGUGAGAUAGUGGUUGAUGAGCGAGUGUUGGUCGUGCAGGCUCACUCAAGAUGAACCUCCCUCUCUUGAUGCCGUUGCCCCGUGCCAACAUGGCACAGGGAAAGGCUGUACCUGGUGGGGGUGUGACGGAGGGGGCAGGCGUGGCCCUCCUGGGGGGCAAAACCUCGGGCAGCACAAUGCUACGUGAGCGUCACCACCUCUCCCUGGCCAACGGCGCCACCCUCGACGCCACCUAUAACGGCUCCUAUGACGGCAACGCCAACCUCUUCAAGGAGCAGAUGACGCUAACAGGACCAGAGCUUCUCAUCUCGCGCGUCCUGAGUGGCGCCUUCCAGCGGUCGGGCUUCCGCAGACAUCACCACUACGGCCGCUGCCCCGACGCCACGCUCUACAGACGCCGCUAUUCCGCCAAUUGCAUAGAACCCGACCACCAAGAGAGAGAGUCCCUGGCCGACGCCUCUGACACCGCCAUGAGCGAGGGUGGUGACUCUGACAAUGACCCGGAAGUUGACCUCAGCUCAAGCUGUUCCUCGUGGCCCAAAGGAGGCCCCCACACCCCGCCUGUGUCGCCGUCGUUGUCUCCAGACGACAGGUGGUGGAGUAGGGACGACGGAGGCGGCCAAGACUGGGCCUGGGUCGAGGCUCGUUUUCUAGGACUUCGUCGUCUUCGCCGUGAGAUUCCCCCGGCCCUAGAGGAGAAGUUGCAACGGAUGAGGGCACGGGGGUGGGCACGGGGAAGGCUCCGGGGACUGCAGGAAAGGGUUCGGAACCUCCACUUAGGGCUAGGUGGGGCCUGGCGGGGAGAAGGCCAGCACCCCAGCCCUAGGGACAGCAUGUGUCGCUCCUGCUCCCUCACCUUCUCGAGCGACGAGGCCGCUGACCAACAGUCUCCCACAGGUAAGCUGAAGGUUCAUAAGUGA